CCACUCUCGUCCCGCCCUAUCCAACUCCCUCUUGCUUCGACACCUAUUAUUGUGUUAGUGUGAAAUACUCUCUCCAAUUUAGUAUCAAUGGAAACCAAAGCGUCGGUUUCCCCAGCAACCGUCUUAGAUAAGAUUGUGGUUCCGGGCGAUGUGGUCCUUGAUCUCUCUAGCUUAACAAAUCAGACCAUCAAGCUAGGUGGCGGUCUCCGUCUGGAUUGUGAUUCUAUUUCUGUUAUGAAGGCUGGAAAACUGAAGUUCUCAAAGCCAAACAAAUAUUGGGUUGAAAGCUCUCACAAAAGGUAUGUACCUUCCGUGGAGGAUACUGUUCUUGGGAUUGUUGUAGACUCAAAAGCAGAUAACUUCCUUGUGGACAUUAAAGGACCGGCAAUAGCUUUUCUGCCUGUGCUUGCAUUUGAAGGAGGAACCCGGAGAAACAUACCUAAGUUUGAGGUAGGUUCUCUUCUUUAUGUUCGGGUUGUGAAGGCAAACCCUGGCAUGAAUCCUGAGUUGUCAUGCACCGAUGCCAGUGGAAAAGCAGCAGAAUUUGGCCUCCUUAAAGAUGGCUACAUGUUUGAAACUUCAACUGGUCUAUCAAGAAUGUUGCUGAGCUCACCAACAUGUCCAGUUCUUGAGGCUCUCGGGAAGCAACUCUCCUUUGAGAUAGCAGUGGGCUUGAAUGGCAGGGUUUGGGUGAACGCUGCCUCACCAUCUACGGUGGUGGUAGUUAGUAAUGCAAGCAUGAACUCGGAAUAUUUGAGUGGGGUGCAGCAGCAAAUUAUGGUGGAGAAACUGCUCCAGAAAAUUAAGUGAUCAUGUUCUGGUCUACUAUUUAAACCCGCAUACUUUUUUUUCUGUCUCGAAUAUUAUGCAUUGCAUGAAGUUCCAACUGAAAAUUCGUUGCUAAUAUGCACAGUUUGUUAAAACAAAAAAGAAGUUUUGUUGCUGGUAGAUCUUGAGGAUGUAAAGUGCAUGGGAAGAGACAGAAAAACCUCCAAUGCAAACCAAUUCGUGGUCUUCUGAUCAUAAUUCAUAAGCAGAAGCCCACUGGAUAAUUUUUGCCCUUUUAUCUCAGAAUCACAUACGGGAUAAGUGAUACAAGCCUUCACUGGAAAUGUUUAUGAAUUACAAUUUAUAAUGAUAU